CCAUUUCAGUGAACAUUAUCACCCUGUGUCUAAAGCGAUUGGUCACCUAGCAACUAUCGAUUGUCUGUUCUCAUUGGCCCAGGUGGCUAAACAAGGAGACUACUGCAGACCAACUGUGCAAGAUAAUCAGCGAAAAAUAAUUAUAAAAAAUGGGAGGCACCCUGUGAUUGAUGUACUACUGGGAGAACAGGAUCAGUAUGUUCCAAAUACCACUAACCUUUCAGGAGAUGGUGAAAGGGUCAUGAUAAUAACUGGACCCAACAUGGGAGGAAAGAGCUCUUAUAUAAAGCAAGUUGCAUUGAUCACAGUCAUGGCACAGAUUGGCUCCUACGUUCCUGCAGAGGAGUCGACAAUUGGUAUUGUGGAUGGUAUUUUUACCAGAAUGGGUGCAGCAGACAACAUUUACAAAGGCCAGAGUACCUUUAUGGAAGAACUGACAGAUACUGCUGAGAUAAUAAGAAAAGCAACUUCAAGAUCACUAGUCAUUUUGGAUGAAUUGGGAAGAGGAACUAGCACACAUGAUGGAAUUGCUAUUGCUUAUGCUACACUUGAACAUUUUAUUAGAGACGUGGAGUCGCUGACACUGUUUGUCACUCACUAUCCCUCAGUUUGUGAUCUAGAGAAGGUGUAUCCAGACACAGUUGGUAAUUACCACAUGGCUUUCUUGGUGAAUGAGGAGGAAAGUGCUGAACAAAAAGGAUCUGAAGAUGAAGAGAAUCCUGAAUUUAUCACUUUUCUGUAUCAAAUAACUAAAGGAGUCUCUGCAAGGAGUUAUGGGCUAAAUGUUGCCAAACUGGCAGAUAUUCCUGAAGAAAUCUUGAAGAAGGCAGCUCACAAAUCAAAGGAGUUGGAGACAAUAGUGAAUAUGAAAAGAAAAAGGCUAAAGUCCUUUGCUGAAGUAUGGAAGAUAAAUGAUUCUCAGGAACUACAAAAAUGGAAAAGUAUGUGUGAACCUGAAGAUGAAAGAAAAGACAGUUUUUAAUCUUCAAAUCAUGCUUAAAGAUGGAAAAUAUUGGAGAUGCUUAAUAUAGGUGUGAAGACUUAAUACAUUCUAUCAGGGUGUAGUUCUAGGUGCAUUAAGUUGACUUUUCAGCCUUUUCAGAGAUAAGAGAUGCUGCAUUGUGAUAUGAUGUCCCACAUCCACUUCCUGAUUGUAUAUCUUUUUUCUCACUCCACAUUCCCUCCCUGAAGUGUUUUCCACCCUUUUCCUUAAUUGCAAAAUGUCUAUUGGCAUUGGAUUUAGUU